AUGGCAAUCCAGACUAUUUUGGUAAUCAAUAAGUCUGGCGGGCUGGUUUACCAGCGAGAUUUUGUUCCCAAUGCUCCACGAUUGUCUAGUAACGAGUACUUGAUCUUAGCAGGAACGCUACAAGGAAUUGUAGCGAUUGCUAGUCAAAUAACCCCAAAAUCCUUGCAACUUGCUGGCAAAAGCAGUGCCAAAGGAGGUAAUGAGCCGAUGGGUAGCAAUUCCGCACCUCUGGUGCCAUAUAUGGGAACUCUUGGAGCUACAACUGCCAGCGGUGCACCUUUGGGCAGCUUUUUGGGUCCAGACUACUUCAACGAUGCAUUUGCAAGCUGGAAUGGCAGAGGGCUUAAACACGUUACUACAGAGCAGAACUCACUGUUCGUAUACCACACACUUACCGGUAUCAAGUUUGUAGCGGUAAGCACUCAACCCACAACCAAUGCGAUGGCGGUGGCAGUGGCAGAAAAUCUGUUGCGUAAGACGUAUUGUCUGUAUGCGGACUACGUUAUGAAAAAUCCAUUCUACGAAGCGGAAAUGCCCAUCAAAUGCGAGCUAUUUGAUCAACAUUUGGGCGCAUUGGUUGGCCAGCUGUAA